UAAAAAAUGACUACUCUGAUGACUCUGAAACUUUUUACUACUCUGAUGAAGCAGAAAGUUUCAUCUCCUCUUCAUCUUCAGGUCUACUGUAAGGGAUACGGCGAGAAAAAGCCGUCAUCCAAAUUUUAGUCGAAAUAGCAGAAAAGUUACGAACACAGUUACAAAUAUUUACAAAUAUAGAAAUGAAUAAUUUCGUGAUAAGUUGUUAUUUCAACAGCAAAUCCUUUUAGGUGAAAGAAAAUCAGUUUAUAUUAAUAUAACUUUAAAUUUAUGCCGAGUUACUUUGUGACUUUCACUCAUUUUAUUAAUUCAACUGAUCCUGAAUUCUAUGCUAUAAAAGAGCUUACUCGAAUUCAUAAAAAGUGAAAAUCCAAUAUUGGAAAAACUUAUAAGGAAAUCGCGCAGGGCUGCUUUGUGCCCUCUGCGGGCGUUUCCGCAAGUUAUGGAAAAUCAAGCAUGUUGUCGAUAACACUUCGCAAACUGGCUUGCGCAAAAUGAAAAAUUUUAUGAUAUUUUCUCACCGCGUUUCUCCAUCUGCUAAGUAGUCCUAAAUAUUCAGAUAUAAAUACAACAUUUAUUUUGCGGGAAUGUCAUAAAGAUUUAAUUUACGUAUUUUUUCGCAUUGGCAAUUGAUAUAAAAGUAAUGUUAUUUCGUAACACAUUCACAAUUGCAAAUUAUAUGGUCAAUGCAUACUGGACUAGAAAUUCAAAAAUGCUGAAUUUCAAAAGUUUAUUUAAAUGUAAACCAGGAAAUCAACCAAGAAUCACUCAGGAUCAGCAAUUUUAUUGACACAGUUUAACGUAAUUGCUUAUUGAACGUUUAACUAGAACCGCAAAUUUUGUUAGCGUGUUAGUGUGCUCAAACUAAUUAGAAAAUCUUACUCAAAUCUGAAAUUUACUAUUUGGCCAAAGUUAUGAGGGUUAAAUUCGCGUUAUUACUUUUCGUUUAUGCGGAAAUAUCACGUGGUGAGCCGUUAGAGACGAACGAUCAAGAUGUGUUGAGCAAAAACUUGAAAAUUAUGAGACAGGAUUUUAAUAACUUAGUUGAAAAUGUAGAGGAUUUUCUUGAUGAUUUUGUGAAACAGAUUCGAGAUGCUGAGAAAAUGGUCGAAAAUGUUUAUAUCAAUGACGAUGAUUACAACUGGCAGGAGAACUCAGCAACAGAAAAGCUUCAGAUUAAUGAACACAAAUCGUCAACCUCUCCAUCUCCCAAUAAACCUACCAACCUUCAUUCGGCUCACAAAGCGCGUUCCAAGUUGCAAAGCUCUGAACUAUCCAACGAAAUAGACCAAAUUAGGAAGAAACGAGCUCUACCGGAUGCACCGAGAUUUGAUAACCGAGUAGCAUCUGCUCCACUCGCUGCGAAUGAAGAAACUUUUCCGGAAGCCCAACUGCUUGCUUCAAACCAGAAGUAUCGUCCCCUUUCCGACGCUCCUCAGGAAGACAGCCGAGCAGCUUUUCCCAGCCAAAUAGAUUCAAACGAUCCUUUAGUUUUGGGAGGAUAUCAGGUAAACGCGAACAGCCAAACAAAUUCCCAAAACAAUCCAGCUUGCAUAUCUCAAACUCAGGAAGAAAAGCAAAAGUUUGAAGACUUAAAAACGGAAGUGAGAAAACUAAGCGAGCUAGUGAGCCUGUUGAAGGACCAACAGAAAAUGAUUAAAGAGUUGAGCCAAAGUGGUGAUAAUGUAAAAGAUGACAAUUCCUUGGAAAGUUCGUAUUUGUAUAACACUCUCAAACGCUGGCAACUUAAUCAGGAUGCAAAGCGCUUUAAAAUACAGAACGAUUCUUACCAAUCCGAAAAAGAAUUGCAAAGUCGUUCAACACAAGAAAUAGAUAAACUUAAAGCUGACCUGAAGCAAACCGAGCAACAUGUAACUGAAACGCAGUUAAUAGUGAACAAGGAAAAAGAAAAGGAAGCGUUUCUUGAGAUGGAAUUAAAACGACAAAACCGCGAAAUAAAAUUUUUGAAAGCUUUGAUGGAAAAUGUAUAUGAUAAAACCAAUGCAAAAACGGAUAAAAAGACACACGAUAGUGGCGGGUUUAGAACCAGUGACUUUGAAGAUAUUGAUAUAGAUUCUGUCCUUGGUGUCGCCCACACUCCAAAGCCAUGGCCAUGGCCAAAAGUCUCGCCAAUGCCAAGUCAAGGAGAAGAAAUCGCUUCUAUAGCUGCUGAAGAUGACAGCAAAUUAAACGGUUUAUUUCAAAAGGCGGCGCAUGAUUCAGAUGUUAGAAAUGUAACAUCAGACACGCCUCCAAAUUCAGAGCCCGUUUCAACAGCUACAUCGUUUGAAGAAAAACUGCACGAAUUUCAAAAAAAAUUGCAGAAGAAAUAUCAGCUUUAUGCUUCCCAAUAUGAAAGAGAUAUGUUAAAUAAUAAAACAAUUAGCGCCUUAAUGCAGUUGACAAAAACUGAUCCAGAUCGCUUCCAAAAGUUUGAACCAACCAACAGUCAAGAAUAUUAUUCUGAAUACGAAAGAGAGGCAGAUAAAAUCCCGCAAAACAUCGCUUUUGACUACCCUUUAGCAUCAGCACGGUCUUCAUCAUCAAGAAACAGUCAAAUAGCGAAAAGAAAUAAUACACUUUCAACUGCCAGAGCCAGUGGAAACAGCAAACUCGAUGAUCUGGAAUUUAAGCUGAAGCUAAUCGAUCUGCUCACUAAUGCAGACCAAAAUAUCAACAACGGAAAUAAAAAUAGUGGCCGCUCCAUCAAAGACCUGCUACAACCACCAAAAAAAUCUGACGAUGAAGAAACACUCGAGGCAUUUAAAAAAUUCCUAAAUGAACGAGAAAAAUCCCAAAAAACUGAAGGCAGUUUGAGCGAGCUUCUAAAAGCGAUGAACGACAAUCCGCAGUCCAAAUCCGAAGAUUCAAAAAUAGAAGCUGAACUCAAAGAUCUUCAAAGGGCGAUUAACAACCUGAGACCAAAACAAGAUACUUUUGGUGGGUUUGAUUUGGAAGAUGGUGUUAAUGGAAAGAAUGAUUUGCAGACCCUGCUAAGCCAGGCAAUAAGCCACAAUGGGGCCAAUUUAGAUAGCAUGUCUCCUCAGGCUUCGCUGAACAUAGCCGCUGGUGCUGAUACUUUAGAUAAAAAUUCCUUAGCUGCUCAGCAAUUUUUAAGUCAGAGCAUGUCGCAUAGUAAUCCUGAUCAACUUACCCGUUUGGAGAACUUAAUCAAAAGUUAUGCUUCGACUCAGAAUGGAAAUCAGGCAUUCAUUUCUCAAGGAAUUUCCGGAAAACCUAUAUUGAAUGUUUAUGGUCCCAAUCCUUUAGAAUAUUCUAAUCUUAACUCAAAUCUGUAUUCCUUUUACCCAACUUCUUUGUAUAAUCCCAAUGCAAAUAGAUAUGUUCUACCAUAUUUCAGUCCCUACAGUGGGACUAUUUCAAAUAAAUACGAUGAUAUUUCAAAUCCCUAUAUCAAUCCAGCCUAUCCAACAAAUUCAGAAAAUUACAACUUCAAUGUUCCCAGUGUUUUUGGAUCGUAUCCAGACAGUAAAUAUCAACAAUAUUUGUACUCUCAGCCUGAAUAUUCUACGUCUAAUAAAUAUUGGAACCCAAAUUACAUGUCAUCACCUUACAAUGCUCCUCGUCCUUCCAAUAUAAAUUAUCCAAAUUUUGGUUAUCAACCUGCAACGAUUUAUCCAGGCAAUAGCCCAAGUAGCUCCCAUUAUGAAGAACUUUUCGAUAAGAGCCUGCCGCAUAAAUAUGCUAACAGCAAGGAAAAUUAUGGGAAUUAUCAAAAUACAUUUCGUGAACCUGGAAGAACUUACCAAGACCUUAACUAUGGCUCGAGUAGUUAUUCAGGACCAAACAUGGGUCAACCAUUUGGUACUAAGCAGAAUCCUGAAAGCAACAAAUUCGUCGUAGUAUCGGACUUAACUCAGCAAAUUGAAAAUCUAGAAAAUGUCAUAACCAGUUUAACCAAACGAAGUGGCUAUUCACAGACGCCGGAUGAUACAGCUUCAAUAAUGUCGCUACAGCAACGAAUCUAUGACUUAAAAGAAGUUAUUAGAAGCCUGAAUGAGCCAAAAUAUUAUGAGCCUUCUCAGAACUAUCAAAUCAACCCUCAGACUUCCGGAGCUGCUUACUCAAGUCCCGUUCAAUACAACCCUUCCCAGCAACUGUAUGAAGAUAAAACAAAGUUGGUGUCUUAUAUUGGACCCAAAGACGUCAGCUACAGCGGGCAGAAUCGAUUCAAGCAACAGCCAACCAUUCCUUAUAAAAGCGGCAUUGUUCAGCAAGCUGUAUAUUCCAUAAACAGUCCUCCAUCCGGCCAAACUCCCCAGUUAGUUGCUGAACCAACCCCAUCACCUCCUCAGCAGUCUUCGUAUCAACCAGCUACUGAGCAGCAAGGUAAUGCGCCCUACGUGCCCAAAGAGACUGAAGCAGAACACAGGGGAAGCAACAUUUUUUCGAAGACAUUUAAUAAUGAGGAUUUGAUGCAUAUGGACGCAAGAAGAGGUAAAAGGCAUGCUGAUGAACAGCUGCCAGUUUCGCCAAAAGAAUCAAUGUAUGAAUAUGUUGGAAGAACGAAAAUGCAACCAGGUGAAGGCAAGGAACGUCCAGCUGGAUACGAUCUUGGAGAAGACACAUUUACUCAACUUGCGAAUGUGUUCAAGAAAUAUAUUGAAGAAAAUAUGAAUCAACCUCGAGAAAAUGAGUAUGUGGGUGAAAUCAGCGAAGCCCGAAACCAUCAAUCCAAAGACAGCGUCUUGAAUAAGUUGCAACAGAAGUUAGAUGAGUUAAAAUUAGAGUUAGAGUUCCAAAAGUCGGCGGCAACUUCAGUGCAUAAUAUUCCAAAUCCACUUGGAAUAUAUCAUAAUGAGCCAACAUUGUCUUCUUAUGAAGGCCAGUAUAACUAUCCCAAUCGUUACAAUGCCAUAAACCACGCUCCCAUUCAAACAUUUGCAACCGGAAAAAGAAACGAUGCUUUUACUGAAGUCGCAAUGAAGAUUUUGGAAAAAGUUGGCGAUUCAUUACCCCAGUUGAUCAGCCGAGUUUUCGGAAAUAUCUUCAGUGACAUCGGAAAUUCGUAUGGAGAUAAUUACAGUGAGCUGCAAACAGUUCUUAAGAAUUUAGGACGUAUCGGACUUGUACCUAUUGUUUUGGUGAAAAUCUUGGAAUCUGCUGGAAACAUUUUUAAGGAAUUGAGAAAAAACCAGCUAUUUAGGCAAUUUCUAAUGCCUGGCCUAGUGCUAGGUUUAAUAGGCGGGGCUGUUUUAUUUAUUAUGUUCUUUUUCCAACAAGAUGAGUCUUACGGCCGUAUUGAGUACCAACAAAGCUCAUAUCCAUACAAGUCUUCACAACAUGAAUCCAGUCAUUACAAUUCAGUUACAAGUCCUGGUUAUAAUACGAAUUAUCGGCAAGCAAAUGCGAAUAUCCCAAUUUUUAGACCAAGCAAUGAAAGGUUUAAUAGCGAAUUGCGGAAUGGGAGAACUGAACCAAUAAAUAUACCUCCAAAUGGAUUAUUGGAAAAUGAGCGUAAUGCUUAUUAUGGAAAUAGUAACUUGCAAUAUUCAAGGGGCUAUUCUGAUUAUAGUAGAAGCAAUUUCUACAAUUAUAGGUGAUAGUUAAGAAUAUUUUUCAAAUGUAUUGGGGUUAAAAAAUUGGCUAGAUGAACAUAUAAGACUGUAAAUAAAUAGAUUCUUACUAUAGCUGAAUUAAGUUAGGUUUUUAAGUUGAAUUAGUUCUAUAUUUGCAACUAAUAGGUGCUACGGAAGAUUUGCUGAUCUUAAGAGCUUUAAACCUGUUAAGCCAACUACUUGAUUUAUUCAGGUAAAUUUUUCAAUAGGCAAAUCAAUAAAUAGUUUAUAAAGUA